AUGUCCAUAUCAACUGACAUGUUCCUGACUCCCCCCCUCGCGCGCCUGUACCUUUCCCACGCCGGCGGCGACGUCGCGCGCGCCAAGCCAUUGCUCGCGCGGCCCCAAUACGGCGUCGCGCGAUGGUCUGUGCGGAGCCCGCGGCGCCCCCGGAUUGGACGGCGGACAUGGUGCAGGGGUCUUGUGGGAUAUUCGACGUUAAAUCACUGCUUUCGCACACUUACUUACUUGCCUCGACGGAUGCUGGACGAUACUACCGCAAUGUUGAAACUGGAUACACACAAUAUGCCGCUCUUACGCUCCAUUACUACGAAGAUCAUGACGGUCAUUUCGCCCUCGUCUUCGCCUACUACGUCGCCGACCUCAUCGGUUUCUUCUUUCGAGGUGGUUAGUGGACGCAAGGCGGGAGGCAUGAACGCGAGCAGGCCAGAUGUGUACAUGAGGAAUGACUCAUUUAUGCACGAGGAGAUGGUCAAAGCGGUAGAAAAGACGGAGAAGAAAAAUAGGAGGAUCAGUCGGUUCAGGGAGGAGUUGGAUGUUGGGGAUGAGUAG